AUGGAUUGUGGUGAAAAUGAAGAAUACAACAAAUGCGGCAACAACUGUCUUGGCAAUUGCAGUAAUUUAAACCCACCUCCGGACUGUAGUGACACUUGCAUUAAGGGUUGCUUCUGUAAGGAGGGUUAUUUCAGAGAUGAGUCCAGCUACUGUGUCCCAAAGGUCAUAUGUGAGUCAUGCAAAGGGAAUACCACCUUUACCAACUGUGGAACUUUGUGUCCUGCAAGCUGCAGUGGUCAGGACUUUAGUGACAAAUGUGAAUUGAAAUGCUACACUGGCUGUGUCUGUAAGAAAAACUAUGUGCGCCUGUAUGGGCGUAAUAAGAAUGAAGGACCAUGUGUGCUCACAGCUGACUGCCCUAAAAAUAAAUAA